CAUGAAUUCACUACGGACAGUUUGCUAUAUUUUAACGGCUCCUUGGCAGACCUGGAAAGUCGCCGUUCAUCAGAUUUUGCUGAUGCCCGAGCAUAGCACGGAUCGAGUGACAAUCAUGAACCUUUGGCGGAAGAAUAGGAAGACAGAGUAUAGCACGGUGACCAUUGUUGGAACCAUUCUCGCGUCCGUGGCAAUAACCUCCGUAAACGGGACAGAAGCGGCUGCGUCACACUGGACAGUUCUGGCAUUCUGGCAUGGGACAUUGACAUGCAGCAUUUUUGCUGUUCUUAUUGCGUUCUAUCUCGGGGUUUUCAUCGACAUGUGCGAAACAUGCAUGGAGGGUGUGCCGAACCUCCUCCAGGCUAUCAGGCAUGAACGUGGACAUGCACACCACUGUGGAAGACAGGAUGGGGGAACGAAGAUAAGAUCGCAAUAUUCUGCUUAUUUUAUAUUUGCUUCGCACUUGUCUCUUUCUUAA